GGGUUUUGCUUGAUCGCACGAUCAGGAAUCAACCAUCUUCAACUAAACUGUCAACUUGACAUAUGAUGCAACAAACGCCACAAUCGAGUCAGCAGCGAUUACUGAAUGGGAGGGACAACGUUAUGAAAGAUGCCAAUAUUCCCUCCAACUUUUCGUUGGCAAUUCAGUCACCAGAAUAUACUUUGCCAGGUGUUUUACAUUUUCUACAACAAGAAUGGAGACGAUUCGAACGUGAAAGAAACGAAUGGGAAAUAGAAAAAGCAGAAUAUAAGGCUCGAAUUGCAUUACUUGAAGGUGAAAGACGAGGUUUUGCUAACCUCAAGCUGGAUCUGAUGAAACGAGUGAAAAUGUUGGAAUAUGCGCUACGACAGGAAAGGAAGAAGUAUAUGAACAAUCCUAAGGCUCGUACUAUACAACAGCAAGAAGAGUUUACACGUACAGUUGAUUCACCAAACCCGCCAUCGUCUCCCAAUCUUUCUUCUUUAAGGGACUCACAAGAUGCAAGUGUUAAAUUGGAAUCGCAAGACAAAUUACCUGCUGCAUUCGUCGCUUCGCAAAUAGAUGAUAAGGCCAAAACUCGUAGCAGAGAGUUAUUGAAAUCCUGCCUAAAGGAGAUCAAUCAGUUAGCUUUGUCAACCUCCAAGCUACCAUACACAACAGCAUUUACGUCAGGCUUGCAGAACCAAUAUUCGAAAAUUACCUCUCAAGCCUCCCAAGAUGUGCAACACGACACAGAAUCCAUCUCUACAUUGAAAGAUCCAAGUGAGGAAAACAAAGCGGCAGCUAGACGACAGACCCCAAAACAACCAGACGACAGUAUGUCAACGUUUAUACCCCAACAUAACACUUCCUUACUACAAGAUGGGAAGAUCGAGAGUGGGCAACAGCAAAAAGUAGAUAAAGACAAUGACAUUCCUUCAACUAUCUCUGAUGUAGAGGUUCCAGACAACGUUGAUGAAGUUGCUAUGAUAAACAAUGUAAUCAACAUUGCAAAGGAACGAAAACAGCGUGAUCAAUCCAACCCAGGCAGCGGAUCACGAAAGGGACUAUCUGAAGAAGAGCAAUUGACGAAGGAUGUGCAAGAAAAGUAUAGUUUGAGUGCAGACAAAGUUCGAAAACUGCUCAAAAAUGCAGAAAGAUUAAUCCACCAAGAGAACAAUAUACCAAUGUCUUCAAAAGACAGUCUUCUUGGAAAAGUGGACAAUCUCAAGCUACCAAGCGAGGCUGAGGUUGAAGUUGAGGAUGCAGAUUCUGAGAGUAGACCAAAAAUGUGGAGAGCUAAACACAACCUCCGUGGACAUCUUGAUUGUGUUCGAUCCGUUAGCUUCCAUGCCAAUGAACUCUUGAUUGCUUCAGGCUCUGAUGACGGUACCAUAAAAAUAUGGGACCUUAAAAACUCCAUUGUAAAAGACUCAGUUAUGCAGAAAAAAAGUUCGCAUGAGGAGAUGGAUCCUAUAAUAACUUAUCGCGGCCAUACCAUGGGCGUAACCAAAGUUGAGAUCUCAGCAGAACAAGGGCGUCUGUACUCUUCUAGUUUGGAUUCCACCAUCAGAGUUUGGCAACUUCCUCCCGCAGAUAAAUCCCCAUAUUCUCCAUAUGACUCUGCUUUAAAUAUAGCACCAUACAUUGGUCACACUGAUGCUAUCUGGGACUUCAAGUUGUUUCCCACCGCCAUUGCUGACUACCUGCCACUGGCAUCCGCAUCCGCUGAUGGAACCGUUAAGAUAUGGGACACUAGUGCGAGUGGAAACCUUCUCAAGAGUUCAUGGUCAUAUAACGGUGUGAUUGAUGAACAUCAGGAUGAGCAAAGAAAUCUUCCGGUCCCGACGUCCCUUGACAUCUGCCAUACUAACUUGCGACAGCUUGCUGUGGCUUACAGAAACACGGAGGUCAAGGUGUUUGAUGUUGAAACUGGUCAAAUUGUCCUUACAAUACCAGCCGAUCCAUCGGCAGAUAAUUCUUGCCUCACACAGAUAAACAAAAUAGUUUCGCACCCUACAUUGCCGCUUCUAAUAACUGGACACGAAAAUAAGCUGAUCAAGUUUUAUGACAUUAAUACAGGAAAUUCGGUAUUCACAAUGUCUGCCCAUUUGGAUGGAGUAACUGCGCUUGAUAUCGACCCCAGCGGUAUCACUUUAGUGUCUGGCGGCCAUGAUGGAUCAAUCAGAUUAUGGGACAUUUCAAGUACUUCCAGAUCAUGCGUACAGGAAUACACUGCGCAUCGUCGAAAAGCAGAUGAAGGUGUCUUAAGUGUCCAGUUCCACAAGGAAUUGCCAUGGCUUGUUAGCGGUGGAGCUGACGGCAUCGUCAAGGCUUAUCAUCAUAGCAUAUAAUUUCGCAACCAUCGAUGAGACUUUACGUAGAGCCAUUGUACAAAUUGUCAUUUCCUCUGCCAUUGGCAUCCUUGGUGCCAGAUCAUUAUAUAAUAUUGAUAAUAGUUACUUUAAUUCGCGUUGAAUUGAUUGGAAAACUGAUAUGGAUGCUACGCCUGCAAGCAUCGUUGUCAUGUACAAGAGGCAUUAGUGUGGAUUAUCCUCGAAACUGUUGCAGUGUUUGCUACAGAGCAAGCAU